AAGAGAAGAUGGCUGAUGAGUGUGAUCUGUGUCUGCUGGGACUCAUCUUUCUAUCUUCACUUCUCUCAGGUUCCAGUGAAGUGGAUGUGACUCAUGUGUUCAUCAGUUCUGGUCAAAAUGUCCGUCUGUCCUGUAAUAAUGCUCUUCAUGACUGCAAAUCAACUACAUGGACCUAUAACAGAUUCAGUCAUUCAGCAGCAGUUGAACUGAUUGGUUUAGGGAUAAAGAAAGACACAGAGAGACAUGAGAGACUGAGUCUGGGGUCUGACUGCUCUCUGAACAUCAACAACAUCACAGAAGAAGAUUAUGGACUUUACAGCUGCAGACAAUAUGUGAAUAAUCAACAACAAGGAACUGAUGCUGGUGUGUAUCUGCAUGUUCUUCAUGUCUCUUCAUCUUCAUCAUCCUCACAGACUGAGAUCAGUGCAGGCCGCUCUGUGACUCUCUUCUGUCAGCUGUAUUCAUAUUCAGAUGCUGGAGUCUCUUGUGAUGAUUGGAUGCGUUCUGAGGGAAUUGAGCUGUUCUGGGUGAAUCAGGCUGGUGUUAAACUGAAGAUAUCAGACUCCAGAUAUCAGAUAUCAGCAUCAGAUCACUGUAACAUCACUCUGACUACAACACUCCUGAAUGAAGAUCACAACAGAGAGUGGAGAUGCAGUGUUACUCACAGAGAUCGAGUCCAGAGCUCAGUCACAUAUACUGUCAAGAGUUCAGCUCGAGAUGAUCCAGCGUCACCAGUGAUUCCAGUCCACAACACAAAAUCAACUACAACGACACCAAUAACUUCUACACAAGAAAGUGAGUAUUCAUUAAACACCCCAAACUCUGAGAGGACUGCAGCUGCACACACACCUGUAUUUACUGAACAACAAGUAACGUCAGCUACAGCAACAACACUGAAUCCAGACACUGCACCAAUCUCUCUGAAAGAAGCUGUAACGUCAGCUACAGCAACAACACUGAAUCCAGACACUGCACCAAUCUCUCCGAAAGUGAUUGUGAUUGUUGUCGGCGCUUCAUUCGCUCUUCUCAUUCUUGCUCUGAUUAUUUGGCUGAUUCAUAAAAAAAGAGCCGGUGUCAGAAGAGCGACUGAUGACUCUGUGGAGCAGACAGAUGAUGUGACUUAUACUGAAGUUACUGCGUACAGUAAAAACAGAGACAAAAAGAAGAAGAUGAUCAAAAGCUGGAGAUCAGCAAAACUGCAGUCAACUUUAUGCCUCUGUGAACAAGAACCAUCACAAAUCAGACAAAUAAUUAUACAGACACCACACGAGCAGAGGAAGAUGAACCUUAUAUAACAUGUUAAGAAACAAGCUCUGAUUUAUUUGUAGUUUUUGGUUAUUCUGCUCAGUUUGUCAUGUUGUUGUACAGUAGCUGUCUGUGUGUGUUUAUUAUUAAUUCAGGAUAUGCAGAGUAACGUAACAAACGGAGGACAGUUUUACACUCUUAGAUCGGUCUCAUUAAAUCAUCUAGAGCCGGUUGUUCAAAAGUAAUCUUGAUCAUAUUUCAGCUGUUGGAUCAAAUUUUGAAAAUGUGUUGUUCAAAAAAAAAAAAAAAAAAAAAGGAUUCUGAAAUCGGAUUAGAUCACAAAAUCUUGGUUUUGAUCAGAAUCAGAUCGUCAGUUUGUGUUGUUCAAAAGUAAGAUUGGGAUACCUUUGAUCCAAAAAGUCAGGAUCGCACUGAUCCCAGCAGAAGGGUGGAUUUCAGGAACACAAAUGAAGUAAACUUUAAAACUGGUCCAAAAUACAACAUUUGUUACAAUACUGGAUAGCAAAACAUGAUUUCUAAAUUCAGAUUAUACUGAUCCAGACUGAUCUUCUUGAACAACUGGCCUCUAUUGUCUAAAGCAGCUAAUUAAAGGUGCAGUACGAGAUCUUGGAAAAUGCUAACUUUAGCCUGAUAGCACUGAACGCGAACGUCCCACCCUCCCUGCGAUCGCCAUCCAAAGCCACGCCCCCUGAACACAUAUAAGCUCACAGACCGAAUAACAGAGACAACAUUACUACAAUAGGCUACAUCAGAGCUUCCCAAUCCCAGUCCUCGCCAUGAUUCCAGUUCGAAGCGAGCGUAUAUGUUACAUACAAAUGGGAUUAAAGUGUGCGAGACAUAAAUUGAAAUAGUAUUUAUUUACAGAGGUAUAUUAUGUCACACUUCUCAAGUAAGAUUCGUCUGUGUGAAGAUGCUGCGCAGCGCAAAUAACAGCGCUGGGCAUCAUGUGUCAUUCACCGGUGAGAAAGGUUUAUAGUUGCUCUAUCUGCACAGCGUACGUGAUCGCGCUCAUGACGUAUCGUGUCCGCGCGAACCGGGUGCGCAGUGGUAUGCAAAUACAUACGCUGACAGGCAGGUAGGAAAGCCAAUUAAAACGCUCGGACCGGAGCGGUUUGAUUGGAUGAACAUUUCUUGGUCCCACGCCUUCCACAGAAUAUAUAAAUGCAUUUAGACCACUUAUCUUAAUGAUUGCUAUCGGGAUCUGAAGAGACUUUCAACCAGAAUAACAAAAAAUGUUUCUGAAGACAAUCACCUAUUGCACCUUUAACUCUCAGCUUGCACUAAUUAUGAGAACAGGUAAAGCUACACGAUGAAGUGAGUGUUUAUUACAAUAUGACAGCAAUGACAAUCUGGUGUUUGAACCAUUUGAGCAGCUGUUUGUAAUAUUAUGUUUUAUUUGUCAACAAUAAAAAGCCUUUAUCAAA